AGAGAACCUAAGAGAUGAGAGGUUCGAACUUAACGCGCAAAAGGACGACAAUAAAGUUGCGAGAUGACAAACCAAGACGGAACCCUUACAGUUCAGCUCCACCCACGGCUAAAGAGUCAAGACAAGGUAACCAAGCAAACAAGGAACAUCAACAAGAACUUUUCGUCAGUAGGGGGACAGGGGAUGCCGGAACGACGGAUGGCAAACGUAAUCGCUGGAAGACGGCUGGAAGCAAAGCCAAGGGACAAAACAUAUUGGAAAAUGCCGUGUCCUCAAUAUUCAACCCCAUGUUGGCGAGGGCGCGUGCGUAUGUUCACAUCAUAGUGGCUGGCGAGAGAUUCAAAACAACCCGGGCAACGGUGAACCAGUACCCCCAAACUCUGUUAAGUAGUAAGGAUAAUAAGGAGUACUGGGAUGAGGAGAGGAAGGCUUUAGUGUUCCCGAACCAGUGCAGGCUCUCUUUUGAUAAUAUCCUGUACUUCUACCAAAGUAGAGGACUGCUUGCCUGUCCUCCAAAUAUUAGCAUGGACAGAUUUAAGGAAGAAUGCAGAUUUUUCAAGAUCCCUCAGGAAUGUUUAGACAGGUGCGAACAUGGUGUGGUUCUAGACAUGGUCUUAGAAAUGGAGCAAGAGACUCAACCAACAAGUCUCUUCACAAAAUGGAGGAAGAAAGUAAUGGCACCGGGAGGGUUCCGGAAAAAACUCUUGGGCGGGAUUGACAUGGUCGCUACAGUUGUUUUCGUCAUGAUGCUCAUGCUCAUGACGCAUUAUUCAGACCCAAACGGAGUAAAGGAUCAUCACGUUGAAAGAGAUAAGAUUGCAACCAAUGUUUUGUCGUACCUAUCCACAAUAUGUGUCUUGUGGUUUGUCAUUCACUACAGCAUAAACAUCCUGAGCACUAACGACAAAAAAGGGUACUGUCUUGGUUUGCUCAGCCUCAUAGAUUUCCUUGUAGUCAGUUCCUUUAUCGUUGAUAUUUGCAGUAAGCACGCAAAUGUAGAUCAGAAAAUUAAGGAUACUAUAACGAAUGUGAGGAUAUUGAUAGGAGUAGCCCGGCAGCUUUGUCUUGCACGGUACUCCACAUUGCUCUACUGUCUAGGAACUGCUCUCGUGAAAAGUGGCAAGGACCUCCUCCAUAUACUCUACAUAUUAAUGAUUGUGAUUUUGGUAUUUUCCAGUGCUGCAUUCUUUUUCGAAACUGAAAGCGGUCUUCACAUUGUCGACGAGGAAGUUCUUUGGCACAAAGUUCAACAAUCUUUCGAGAUCGGAGCAAAUGAAUCGGUGUUUAAAGAGCUUGCGAGUAUAGUAAAUGAGGAUAACGAAUCUAAAGUAGAAUUGGAAGGUCCAUAUAUCAUUAGAAACGAGAAUAAUUCGAAUUAUGCGGACAAUCAUCGGAGCUUUACAUCAGUAAUAAAUUGGGAAAUGAAUUUUACAGACUUAACAAAAAGCAAACUUGGAAAACCUGCAAAACCUGAUGAUUGUCGGGCCAGCUUACAUUUUCACGAGAAUGAAAGUUAUAUUUCUAAUAAAUCAUUCUCCCAGUAUAUAGAGGACGACAACUUCAAAGAAUACAUGAAUUUUGUACCAAUCAUAUAUAAUAUGACACUACAGAUGUUGAUUAUAGAAGAUUACAUUGUAAUGAAUCUAACGUCGUGGAAUGUCACCGUGGAGAUAAAUUCACGAUUUGUUAGCAUUCCAGCAUCACUCUGGUGGGGCUUCAUCACAAUCACAACAGUUGGAUACGGUGAUCUGGCACCCCGAACAACGUGGGGCAAACUGAUUAGUGCAACACUGGCCCUGACUGGCAUACCUCUCAUAGCCAUCCCACUUCCUCUCAUCAUGAACAAGUUUACUCAGCUCUACAAAGCUAAGAAAUAUGAGGACAAGCUGGAAGAGAAAGCUGCUAAGUUAUUAAAGGAACGUGCAGCUAAGAAGAAGAGAGAAGAAAAAGACGAAAAGGAUGCGGCUACUGCGGCUUUGCGCAGCGUUAGCAGAAAACGGUUCGAGAAACAGAAUUACGUUAUAGAGUGCGAUGAAAAUAAUGGCGCAUCUCUAACAACGUGCCAAGAUAAAACUGCAAGUCAACCUUGGACACAAAAGUUGAAGCUAAAUGACAGAGGGAAACCAUAUCAAUUGUGUUCUGAGACUGAAGAAUUGACAACAGAGGAGUGCGAUGUGAAAACUGAAAGAAACGAUCAAACGAUAAGUAAUCCUUGGAAAAGAAGGUUAAACGAGAAAAAGAAUUUACCUAUUAUGUUUUCUGAGACUAAAAAAUGCACAACAGAGGAGUACGAUGUGACAACUGAAAGCAACGCUCAAACAAUAAGUAAUACUAGGAAACAAAGGUCGAACCUACGCGUGAAAAAUAGUUUACCUUCGUUGUUUCCUGAGAUUACAGAGUGUGAAACGGAAGACAGCGAGGAGGAAACUAAGGAGGAAACUGAAAGCAAUUUAGGCCCGGACAAUUUGUUACCAGACAGAGAGGACUGUAAGAAAUAAAAAAGACGUUAAAAUAUUAAGUUUUGGGACAGCAGAAGAACUUUAAACUUUAAAAACUGAAAUACCUCACUUUCUU